AGCUCUCACACUGAUUUAGAAAUGCCGUUGCCGAUGCGGGCUCUCUUCGUCUGUAUCUGAUUCCUGCAAAAAUAAUAUCUUGUAAAAGUUGUUCUCAACCAUGGAGAAGAUCGUUCCUUCUUCUUCGCCGAUUCUGCUUUUUUGCCUCCUCCUUCUUCUGAUCUCGAAUUUCUACGGAUUCGUCCAGAUCGCUGAAGCAGGAAAGCGACGCAUUGAGAUCUCUGAUGAUCUAGACGACGUUGAAGACAAUGAAGAAGACGAAUCAUGGAAAGAGUGGGGGAAGAAAGCAACCCCGCCGGAGUUUGAUCCGCCUCCGGACUUCACCAAUAUGGGAUUCGAUCAGAUCCAAGAAGAGAUGGCUAAACGGACUUUUGGAGCGGUCGUCGGAUUCGUGAAGCUCCGCUUAGGCGUCCCCCGUACCAAGGAUAUGGUGAUUGAAAUUGCUAUGAAAUGGACAAAAGUUUUGAGAACAGGAGGGAUAGGAGUCAGAUUCAUGGCUGUAGAUCGAAGCACGGUGAUGUUCAAUAUGCAAAAUGGCCAGCUAGUGACUGAGCUAAGGGAAUUCGUGCUGAGCCAAGAAGAAGCUUACGAGGUCAAGAUAGGGAAGCAAGAGUUUCGAAGACCUGGAGAUCCUCCGCUUGAAGAUGUCGUUGACAAACUUCAAGCUGAUGAAAAGAAAGAUGAAGAAGGUGAUGAAAGUAACAAGAAUGAUCUUACCAAGGAUGAAUUAUAGGUCACAUAUAGCUUUUAUAUUGGCUAGUACUCGAAAUUUAAACUCCUUUACUGAAUCUUACUAAAAAUUUCUUUGACAUGUUUGGUUUCCCAAA